ACCUUCUCUGCUAGAAAGAAAACACCUUAAACUUCUGAUAUCAAGAAACAAAAAUGGCGUUCAACACGAAGCUACUUUUGGCCAUUUGCUGCGUCGCAUUGGUCUUCACUCUUGUCUCUGCAAACAUUUCCCAAGCAGAGAUCGAUGGCUUCCUCGAGGAGCACAACAAGGCUCGUAAAGAGGUCGGCAACAAACCCCUUAAGUGGAACACAACCUUGGCCCAGUAUGCCCAAGAAUAUGCCAACAAAAGAGUUGACGACUGCGCUAUGGAGCACUCAAGAGGGCGUUGGGGUGAGAACUUGACCUCGGGUGACGGCAUGACUGGCGCAGCUGGCACUAAAUAUUGGGUCACCGAGAAAGAGUUCUAUGACCCCAAGUCCAACAAAUGUGUCAAAGAGGAAUGUGGUCACUACCUUGCUGUGAUCUGGGGCAAAACUACCGAGGUCGGAUGUGGCAUUUCAAAGUGCAAGGAUGGAAAGAACUACAUCGUUUGCAGCUACGAUCCCAUGUACCAGCCCGAGGACGAGCGCCCAUACUAGAGGUGACAAGAGAAUGGAUAAAAAAUGAAAAGAAUAAUAUUAUUUCAUUUUUUUUGUAAUUUGAAACUAAAUAUUAUCUCAUUCUCUUUAUGUUUUUUUUUAUUUUUGCUCAAUCUCAAUUGUCUAAUGCCUCCCCAUCUCGUAUUUGUCUUUAAUUUUGUUUGAAAAAUACGACAAAUGUGAUAUCGAAAGGAUGUUAAGUGUAUGUUUGGUAUUUUAUUUGAAUUCAACUUUUUAAACUUUAA